AUGCCUUCAACUUCAGGCAAGGACAGCCUGCCCCUGGGCUUCAUUGGGUUUAUCAAGGGGGCGGGCACUGAAGUUCUGUCCAAUCAGAGGCGUGACAUUGAGAUCUGUCCAAUCCAGCGCAGAGCCCGUAAGGAGGGGGCGGGUUUCUGCCAUCCGGGGCGGCUGCUGUCCCGAUCUGUCUUUAUGUUCGCUCCUGCUGUCCGGGUCACUGUACUACGGAGGCGCUGGGAACCCACAGGAGAGCGUUGCGCUCCCGACCGCCGGGAAAUGGAACUGUUGACAUUCAGGGAUAUAGCCAUUGAUUUCUCUGAAGAGGAGUGGGAAUGCCUGGAGCCUGCUCAGCAGAAUUUAUACAGAGAUGUGAUGCUAGAGACCUACAGAAACCUGGUCUUCCUGGCCAUGAUCUCUCAUCAUACUCAGGAAAUAUCACCAGAGCCUGGCUUAGAACAUUUAUUGAAGCAAGUGAUAAAGAGAAGAUAUGGAUAUUGUAAUCUCGACUAUUUACAACAACAAAAAAAUGGAGACUAUGUAGGUAAGAGUGAAGGUCAGAAAUCAUAUUAUAAAGGACAAGACAAAUUAGAACUGACUAUGCAUAAUGAAAAAUUUACCAUCAGCAGACCUCAAGAACAUUUAAUAGCUCAGAAAAAUAUUCAAUGCGUAACUGAAGGACAAGUUUCUAAAAGGGAUCAUUUUGAAAGUUUCUUUACGAACUGUCCAUUAUUCUUCAAUGAACAAAAAGUUCCUUCUUGUUCCCAAACAUACACUUUUAAUGAUUGUGGGAAGGCCCCAAUGCACUCAUUACUGCUUAAUCAAAAUUCAGAUAUAGAUUACUGGAAAGUGUGUAACACAUGUAAUGAAACAAGCAACACCUUCAGCCAGGUCUCUACUCUAAGCAACCAGUGUACUUAUAUUGGAGAAAACAAUUACAAAUGUAGCAAAACAGAGAAGAACUCCAGCUCUGGUUGCAAUAUGACAGAACAUCAGUGUGGCCAUUGUGCACAGAACUCUUACAGAGAUGAGGAAUGUGGGGACGCCUUUCCUCAGUGCUCAAAGCUGAUGACCCAUCCAAGUACUCAGGGCCAAGAGGUGCCUUGCAAAUGUGAGGAAUGUGAGAGAGCUUCUAACCCAGCGGUUAGCCUUCCUCAAUACAGUGGAGCUUAUCCUGGAAGGGAGCCCCCCAAAUUUAAGGAGUGUGUCCAAGCAUCGAGUUGCUCACCCCUUUCUAAACACAAGUACCAUAGCAGUGAUCAACACUACAAAUUUAAAGAAUGUGGCACAACUUUUAAUCUAGAACCUCCCCCUGUUAAACACCACAGAACUCAUAGUGGAGAGAAACCCUACAAAUGUGAAGAAUGUGGCAAAUCCUUUAAUAAUUGCUCAACCCUUUCUAAACACCUGAGUUGGCAUAGCAAUGAGGAAACCUACAAAUGUAAGGAAUGUGAAAAAGUUUUUAAGAAUUUUUCAGUCCUAACUCAACACCAAAGUAUUCAUACAGGAGAGAAGCCGCACAGAUGUGAAAAAUGUGGGAAAUGUUUUACUCAAAAAGUAUAUCUUAUUAAACACCAGAGAAUUCAUGCAGGNGAGAAGCCCUACAAAUGUGAAGAAUGUGGGAAAGGUUUUACUCAAAAACCACAUCUUACUCAACACCAGAAAAUUCAUACUGGAGAGAAGCCCUUCAAAUGUAAUGAAUGUGGGAAAAGUUUUACUCAAAGCUCAAACCUUACUCAACAUCAGAGAAUUCAUGCUGGAGAGAAGCCCUACGCAUGUGAAGAAUGUGGAAAAAUUUUUACUCAAAGACCACACCUUACUGAACAUCAGAAAAUUCAUAUUAGAGAAAAGUCCUACAAAUGUUAACAUUGUGCUAAAAAUGGUUCAACUCUUAUUACACACUACAGGAAUAAUAGGAGAGUGAAAUUAUACAAAGACCCAAAUGUGACAAUGUGUCUAUAGUUGUUAAUUCCUUACUCACUGAAGCACUGAGUAAUGGGGAGAGAUAAUACAAGUGUAAAAACUGUUGCAGACCUCAGCAAUUUCUCAAACAUUGCUUAUCACUGGAGAAUUCAUAAUGCAUAGAACCCCUAAACAAUUUAAAUACCAAGUCUUUACUCAAAUUUCAAACAUUCUUUAACAUUAGAAAUCUGAUAUCUAUAGAAAAUGUAGAAAGACAUUUGCCUGAAAUAAAAUGCCUUAUAUUUAGAUAUAAGGCCAAUUGAUAACAGCAAAAUAUCUAUACUGAAUAAAUCCCUUGAAAAAAUAUUUUAAAAUAUGGCAAAGCCCUUAUCUGUACCUCAUAACUUGAAGUGAGAAGAAAAUGAGGAAUUGCCUUUAACUUUAAAAAAAAAUGUUUUUAGUAAUUGAUGGACACAACAUCUUUAUUUUUAUUUAUUCAUUUUUAUGUGGUGCUGAGGAUUGAAUCCAGUGCCUCACACUUCUGAGGCAAGUGCUUUAUCACUGCACUUCGGCCCUAGCCCUGCCUUUAACUUUUGCAUAAAAUUUAUUAAAUACCCUUGGCUAAUGUAGUAUAAAAAAUUCUCUCAAAUAAUCAUAGAAUAGUGUACAAAACUUGUCUCAAAAAUUACUCAAUAUCUUCACUUUUGAAAACUAGAGAAAACAAUCCUAACAGAUCUUUUUAUCAGAAGACUUGUUCCUGAGAGUUGUUAAUCUAUAUUUUUGAGACUUUACAGUGGAUUUUGAAACACUUUAUUCAGAGUAUGUAUGGAUUUUGUUACUAAAUAAAAGUAAAAAGUGUUAAUGUGUUAA